UUAAAGAAUACGCACAACUUUCUCUCCCGAGGGUUUUAUUUAGGGUUUAAGCAAAGUCUCUCUCUCUCUCUAAAAUCAGACGAACCCCACAAAAAGCCUCUCUUCUUUUUUCGCUUUCCUGCAAAUCCUAGGGUUUUCGGACAGAGAAAAUGGUGGCAGACAAAGGGAAGAAGCAGAAAACCGGAGAGGCCGAGGAAGAGAGAAACGGCGCCGACCACGUCGACGGCGACCUCGUUCUCUCGAUCGAGAAGCUUCAGGAAAUUCAGGAUGAACUUGAAAAGAUCAAUGAAGAAGCAAGUGAAAAAGUCUUGGAAGUGGAACAAAAAUACAAUGAGGUACGCAAGCCAGCCUAUGAUAGGCGAAACGAAGUCAUCAAAUCAAUUCCCGACUUCUGGUUGACUGCGUUUAUGAGUCAUCCUGCCCUCAGCGAACUUUUGACUGAAGAAGACCAAAAGAUCUUCAAGUAUUUGAGUAACCUCGAGGUGGAGGAUUGCAAAGAUGUGAAAUCUGGUUACUCCAUCACAUUUCACUUCAAGCCAAAUCCUUUCUUUGAAGAUGCUAAGCUCACAAAGACCUUUGCCUUCCUCGAGGAAGGAACAACGAAAAUCACAGCAACAUCGAUUAAGUGGAAAGAAGGCAUGGGAAUUCCUAAUGGGGUUGUUGAAGAGAAGAAAGGAAACAAAAGAACUCAUGCUGAGGAAAGCUUCUUUUCGUGGUUUAAUGACUCCCUGCACAAUGGUGAUUUGGAUGAGAUUCAAGAUGAGCAGGUAGCUGAAAUAAUCAAGGAUGAUUUGUGGCCUAAUCCCCUCACAUAUUUUAACAAUGAUGCCGAUGAAGAGGAAUUUGAAAUGGAUGAUGAUGAUGACGAGGAUGGCUCUGAAGAUGACGAGGAUCAAGAAGAUGACGAAGAUGAUGAUGUCGAAGAUUAAUUACUCCGACGUUUUUUCCUUCUAGAAAGUUCCAUAUUAUAGUUUCCUAAGAGGAGAAAGAGAGAGUUUGGAAAUUGUUGACUUUAGUUUAAAACCCCUAAUUCCCCAUCUCUCUGCACUUAAUUUCUCUUCCUUAAGCCCAAUAUUUAAUUUCUUUUAUUUUUCAUGUUUUUUUUUUUUCUUUUUUCUCUUUUUUUUUUCUUCUGAUUUUGCUGUGAGACUUUGGAAAUAUAGGUUAACUUACAUACUAGUUAGGGCUGGGUUUGGUUCGGUAAUAUUAUAUUUACUGUAUUUUCGGUGUGACGAAUUUAUUACCAAUGCCCUACCAAAAUUUGGAACCGUUUUUGUUUG